CUCCGAAAGAAUUUUAUUAAAGAAAUCUAGCCAGUGGCCGGUCACCAUUCGUUUCUCACCUCCCAAGUUUCUUGCCUGUAACUUCCCAAAUCGGAGCGCCGCCUCGUGUCAUCCCUUCUCACGUAAUAAACUAACUAUAUAAUAUUAUUAUCAUCGGCUAUAAAUCUGUAUUAGUUUUCUCUGUGCAAAAUAAACCCUAGAUUUUUUUUUUAUUAUUUUCUCCACAGCAUCAAUUUGAUCGAUCAGUUGAGCGAUUAGGGUUUCUAAGAAUAUAAUAAAGAAACAGAGAUGGACGACAGCUGUGCGGUUUGCGCUGACAAUUUGGAAUGGGUUGCGUACGGCUCGUGUGGUCACCGGGACGUGUGCUCCACGUGCGUCGCUCGUCUCCGCUUCAUUUGCAACGAUCGCCGCUGCUGCAUCUGCAAGACUGAGUCCAACGUCAUCUUCGUCACUAAGGCUUUAGGAGAUUACACGAGGAUGAUCAAUGACUUUUCUGUAUUGCCAUCCGAAGUAAGGGAAGGACGGGUGGGUUCGUACUGGUACCAUGAGGAUACCCAAGCGUUUUUCGAUGAUGUUGAUCACUACAGGAUGAUCAAGGCAAUGUGCAGGCUUUCAUGUAGUGUAUGCGACCAGAUGGAAGAGCAGUCCAAUGAUGGGGUGAAACGGCGGGGGAAGUUUAGGAACAUUGAACAGUUGAAAGGUCAUUUGUUUCAUCGACAUAGAUUGGUUAUGUGCAGCCUGUGUUUGGAAGGACGGAAGGUUUUUAUUUGUGAACAAAAGCUAUAUACUAGAGCACAGUUAAAUCAACAUAUAAGCACGGGUGACUCUGAGGUGGAUGGAACUGAGAGUGAGAGAGGUGGGUUCAUGGGGCAUCCAAUGUGUGAAUUCUGCAAGACCCCAUUCUAUGGGGAUAACGAGUUAUACUCACACAUGUCCACAGAGCACUAUACAUGUCAUAUAUGCCAAAGGCAGCAUCCAGGACAAUAUGAAUAUUACAAGAAUUAUAAUGACCUUGAGAUUCAUUUUCGCCGAGAUCAUUACCUAUGUGAGGAUGAGGCUUGCCUCGCCAAGAAAUUUAUCGUCUUUCAGUCUGAAGCUGAAUUAAAGUUCUUAUGUUUUUUUUCCAUUUUAUCCUUCCAGAGGCAUAAUACCAUUGAACAUGGAGGUCGUAUGUCUCGUGCACAGCGUAGUGCUGCUUUACAAAUACCAACAAGCUUUCGGUAUCGUCGAAGUAAUGAAGAUAAUCGUCGCGGAAGGGGACGAACAUUUCGGCGUGAGCCAUCUGAUAAUGACUAUCAACUUUCCAUGGCCAUUGAGGCUAGUUUGGUUACAGCCAGUGAUCCACCAGCAUCAUCUACUAUGCAGGUGGUCUCUGAUCAUGGGGACAUAAAUGAUGUGGAUCCACUUGUUCAGCCUUUUGAAUUAUUAUCUACAACAGAUUCUGAAUCAUCUUCAAGAUACCUUCAAGCAUUGGGGGGAAGCUCUAGGGGUGCACCUUUGCAAGAAUCUUCUUUUCCUCCCCUCCCCAUCGCUCCCAGCACCAGUCAACAAAAGCCUAAACAUAGCUCAGAAGGUUUGCCUAAUAACACCAUGGCAGCACAUCUGCGUCGCCAGAAGAAUUGGAAUACAAAUGUUAUGAGUUCCACUCAGGCAUGGCCAUCAACAAGUCGCAGGCCCAUGCAAGCAGCAAGUAGUUCAAGUCAGGUUAAACCAGCAACAAAUGUUGCGGCUGUAACAUCACUUGGUACUAGUAAUGGAGUUGCACAAUUGAGCUAUGCAAGUUCAACUCAUGCACAGGCUCAGGCUCAGUCUUGGCCCACAACAGCAGAUAUAUUAAUAGCAUCUGGUCCUCGAAUGAGCUCAGGCAACAGCAGUAGGAUUAGCCACUCUUCAUCAUCGCCGAAUCUUGCUGAUGGUGGAUUCUUAGAACCUCCCGUUUCUGAUUUCCCUCCGGUUUCUGCAGCACAUAGGCAUAAACUGUCCUCAAGCAGCCAGGUUUUGAUGAAUGGGGAAGAUGUUCACACAGCCAACAAAUCUCUUGUGGAAAAGAUGCGAGCUGCUCUUGAAUAUGAUGAAGAAAAAUACACUGCUUUUAAAGAAAUAUCUGGACAGUAUCGACGGGGCUUAAUAGGAACAGAGAGAUAUUUGGAUUCUGUACAACGGUAUGGCUUGUCACAUCUAGUUCUUGAGCUGGCUAGACUCUGCCCUGAUCCUCAUAAGCAGAAAGAGCUAAUUGAGACCUAUGAUGCUAGUUUGCAAAGCAAUGGUCUGCAAGAGGAUGGUGGGGCCUCAGGCAGUGUCUGGUUUAAGGAUAAUAAUGCCUCCAGGAAAGGGAAAGGGAAGUCUCUGGAUGCUGCGGGCAGUAAUUCAAGGGAUACUUUGGCAGAUAGUAUAAUGAGCAGUGUCCGCAAAUUGCAGUCAAGUUAUAAGUCUUCUGAAGAAGAACUGGAGGUGUUAUCAAAGGAUGAUUACCGUCCUGCCAAAGGCAAAUUGAAUGUGAUGGUUGAACAGCAGGUGGAACUGAAUUCUACCAAUCAGCCCUCAACAAAAAUUGGGGGCCAAAAUGACUCCUUAUCUGCUAAAGUUGGGUCAGUGGAUGGGGGUGGUGGUAGCAAGCAACGAAAGAAAACUUCAAAAUUUCACCGGGUGCGGCUUGGUGAUGGUUCAAUGGCAGCAAUAUUGGAUCUAAAAAAUUCUGAGCCAGACCCUGAUCCUGAACCAUUAGAUAAUAAGUUUGAUGGCAGUCAAAGCUCCACUGGAGGAUCGCCUGUACGGGGCGUUUGGAAGAAGGGAGGCAGUCAGAAACUCUUUCCAUAGGUGAUAGGCCAAAGGCUUCCUGGAAGAUGGUGUUUGGCUCAGGCGAAGGUCACAAAUUUUCAUGCAAGAUGACCUAUAAGUGUUCUUAAAAUGAUUGGGUUUUGCUAUGAUAUUCUCAGAAGUGCUGGCAAUAGGUGGAGAAGAUUCCGUUAAUGGCCUGGGUUUUUGAGUUAUAAAAACUAUCCAAGUUGUGUUGACUUUUGUGAUAUAACUACUUUAGAUGAUACAUUUAUCCAACAGGGUAAUUUUUAUGUGAGAAGGAUCUUUUUGGAUCUUUUUGGCU